UCUCAACGCAAUGUUUGUAGAAGUUUUCCUCCUGAAACAUCGCAAGAGACAAAACAGGGGAGCUUGGAAAAAGCUAAAUGGGGAGAAAGCAAUGGAUCCCUUCACCUGCUUGCUAACUGCACUGCUCUUUGUGGGGAUCCAGAGCUGCCCGGAUGUCUGUCGGUGUGCAGCCAAGAAGAAAUACGAGCGAUAUGUUGCAGACUGUUCUUACCAAGAUCUCCAGAUGGUUCCUCAGGACUUCUCCUCCAACACCACCACCCUCACCCUGUCUGUCAACCACCUUGCCUCAUUGGGGGAAGAAUCCUUUGCCAACACAGCAAAACUACAAGGUUUGUGGCUCUCCUACAACGAAAUCGACACCAUUGCUGAGGGCACCUUUGCUUUUUUGGUACACCUCCGAGCGCUUGAUCUCAGUCACAAUCAGAUUAUGAGUUUCCCCUGGGGAGACCUAUCCAACCUCACCUCUCUGCAACAGCUGAAGCUCAGCAACAACCAUCUGGAGAAGAUCCCACCAGAAGCCUUUCAGUCCCUUAAGGACCUUCGUUCUCUCUGGCUCAGUGACAAUAGGCUGGCUACUCUCUCGGAUGGGACCUUCAGUUCCAUGCCUAAGUUAGCUCAGCUGCAAAUCAACAACAACCCCUUUGACUGCACCUGUAAAAUUUGGUGGUUAGAUGGAUGGCUACAGAGCACGCUGGUUUCACUUCCAGAGAAGAAGUCCAUUACAUGUGCUACUCCGGAGAAACAGAAAGGUCUCGUUCUUGGGAGAUCCUUGAAGCUGGACUGUGCCCUUCCAUCAGUCCAGUUGGUCUAUCAUUCCAGCCUGGGUGAUAGCAAGUUGAAGGAUGGGCUUACCCUUCAAUUGCACUGCAACGCCGUGGGUAAGCCCCCACCAAAGAUCAGGUGGAAAAUCCAGACAGCUGAUCAACAUGUGGCCAUCGAUGGGCCCAACACUGAAAGAGAAGAGGAUUUGUUGCUAGAUCCUGCAAGUUCUUCACAGAGCAGAGGGCGCUUUCUGGUCUUCAAAAAUGGAUCCAUGGCCGUCACCAAAUUCAGCAAGACCAGUGAAGGCAUGUAUACUUGCCAGGCCUAUAAUGACGUUGGCUUUCGUGAGGCCUCCGUCCACGUGGCUUUGGCCGGCUCCGAGAAGCCCACCACUUUCCUCAAGAACCAUCUCCAAGCCAGCAAGAACCCAAACAAAACUUGUGACAUCAAAGAAGUCCUGACAUCUGAAGAAAAUGUGAAGUUUAUCUAUUUGACUCCUACAGUGCCCAAGACGGUUUGCAGUGGAGGAUCUCAAAGCCCGCUGGGUUUUUGGAGUUUAUUCCUGUUCUUCUUGCUUGCCCAGGACAGCUAAGACAUUUGCCAUCUGGGAUUGUGUAGAAAAUCUGAUUUCCUUCUACAGUAUGGCCCAUGGCAGCUUUUAGUUUAGGUCAAAGUUUCACACUUCUGUUCUAGAUCAAGAAUCUUCGUUUGAACUGGGGCAGGUCUCCCCAUAUCCUCGAGUAAGAAAAGAAACAAGUGGACAAUGUGAGAAAAAAAAAUUAAAAAUCCUGAUAGGCAGCCCUUUGAUCAGGCAAAUCAGUUUUUAUUAGUUAUAUUUUUUUUAAAAGUCCCAACAUCGUCAAAACAACUUCUUUAUCAAAUGCAUCCUUCCAGCGUUCGACUUCCAGUAGGCCAGAAGAGAUGCAGAAGAGGUACAGGAGAAGAAGAAGAAGCAGCACACCUUCUCCAAGAGACUAACAAUGACAUUUCAUUUAUUAUUCAUCAUAGUAGAAAUCAGGUUUCUGUACUCUUUAAUUACUCUACAUUCACUAGGUGUGUGGGAGUCAUCUGGCCAGGUCCUGAAAUGGGAGCUGUUUUAAAUUUAAAGGCGAUGGGAGGUAAUCCCUAGUUGGUUUAAGGAUUAGGAGAAGCAACUCCAUAACUUGGCAGGAAGAGAGACACAACUAUGUAGGAUUUUCUCAAUAUAACCUAUCAGAACUGGAGGGAUUAAAAUGUCCGAAAUGUG